AUCUGACGUUCGUGAUUAAAUGCUAUUCCGUAAGAAGCGCGGCCAUUACUUGUACGGUAAGGCGGGCAAGCGGAGAACUCUCGUCACUUUGUUUCGGUAUCGACGUAUAAUCAGCUCAACGCUUAACGCGGUAUGAAUAUCGCUCUGAUUGCCAGUAACUGCAGAACUGUGCGGUCAACUCGUUGCAACAUCGCAAUGACGUUCUUCGUUCGUCAUCUAGCUACUAGUAGAUUGGUUCUACCGGUAAAUGCCUAAGAACAUCAAACUCGAGGCUGUUCUCAGAUCCGUAUCGACCUCGGUUUCGCUUCAGGGUCGCGUAGUGCCGUUCAAAUUGUCCGACAUUGGGGAAGGAAUUCGUGAGGUCACGGUCAAAGAAUGGUUCGUCAAACCUGGAGACAAAGUGAGCCAAUUCGACGAAGUCUGCGAAGUACAAAGCGACAAGGCUUCGGUCACUAUAACCAGCCGAUACGACGGGAUGAUAAAAGCCCUCCGAUUUAAGGUAGACGAAAUCGCUUUAGUCGGACAACCGCUGGUCGACAUAGAGCUGGAUGACGAGGGGGAAAAUGGGAGCGAAGAAGUUUCGGGGACAACUGAAAUAUCCCCCCAGGAGAAAACAAGCCUCAACACUGAACAUCAGCGGGGGAGUGAGGCCUCCCGGGAAUCCCUGAUCGGAAAAGUUCUCACCACUCCUGCUGUCAGGAGAAUAGCCAUGGAGAAGGGUAUUCGAUUGAAAGACGUCGUCGGAACGGGUAAAAAUGGCAGAAUACUAAAGGAGGACCUUCUUUCAUACGAUGACAACGAGACGUCUGACAGUGACAUCGAGGAAUCAACCAAGCCGCAAAGGCAGCCUGAUAAAACGAAUCGAGUCCAAGGAGAGGUUAAAACCGUUGCCCUCAAAGGAUACGCGAAACACAUGUGGACAACGAUGACACGCUCUCUGAGCAUCCCGCACUUCGUUUACAGCGACGAAUGCGACGUGACGAAACUCGUCAAGUUAAGGGAUGAGGUCAAAGCCGCCAUGAAGGAACGGGGGAUUGCUCUGACCUACAUGCCAUUCUUCAUAAAGGCGAUAUCAAAGGCUCUUGAAAAGUUUCCCGAACUCAAUGCCAGGCUGAACGAAGAUACUCAAACCGUCGAAGUACUACCGUGGCACAACAUAUGCGUGGCCAUGGAUACUCCGGAGGGUCUGGUCGUGCCCAACGUUAAGAACGUUCAGAAUCUCGACGUCGCGACCAUCGCUAAGGAGCUCAACAGGCUCCAGGAACUCGGAAAAAGGACAGCCAUACCACCGAGCGACUUGGCGGGUGGCACAUUCACCUUGUCCAACAUCGGAGUGGUCGGCGGGACGUACACAAAGCCUGUGAUAUUACCACCGCAAAUAGUGAUCGGUGCGGUGGGAAGAACACAAAAACUGCCUCGUUUCGACGCCGAUGAUAAGGUAGUCGCAGCCCAGAUACUGUCGGUUAGUUGGGCCGCAGACCAUCGGGUGGUCGACGGUGCGACGAUAGCUAAAUUCUCAAACCUCUGGAAAUACUACUUGGAGAAUCCCGCGCUGUUGGUAAUGAACUGAUAAUGAUGACGAACAUAGCGCGAGGUAGACUUUUAAAUUUCGAACAACUGUACGGCAGGAUCACUGCUGGGAGAUUUCUCAGGUCUGAUUGUUUUUGUACUUUAUAAUACUAUAACUCUUAUGGUAGAAAAAACAAAAUCGACAUUCAAAUAUCAGUUUUUUAAAUUUAUUCGAAAGUGUUGACUUACAAAUUUCAUAUAGGCACAAUAUUUCGAUCGUUGUAAAGAACAUUCACAUAAACAUGUAUGUACAUGUAGAUGUACUAUUUUUUUGGAAGAGCAGAUCUAGAAGUUCAAGAUCUGGAUAACAGUGUACAAGAUUUAACAACGCUUAUAUGCUUAUAAGACUAUACAAUAUUACAAUUACACGGUAUUAAAAUACAUCAUGAUUACAUAUAUCAUGUGAGGCACUGGCAAUUGGCGACUGGUUGAAUAAUAACACUUUUUCAUUGUAUGUUACAGUAAUAUCACAAAAAAUAUUAUAUACAAAUUUAUUGUAUAAAAACAUUGUUUACCUUAGGCACGUUAAUAACGAGAACAACUUGAUCAUGUGGCAAUAAGUAUUAGAUACUAAAAGCGAGUUGCUGUAAAGACGAUCGAUAUAGCUAAAUAAAAUUGGUACGUGAAUCGACAA